AGCGCCGAUCAGGGGUAACAGUAUAGCGCUCUUGUUUAGCACUAUUUGCAUGAUCACCCUGUCUUACAUUCCUUUAGUCCUUCGCAAACCCUUCGCCGGCGACAACUGCAUAUCGGACUGACUCGUUAGCCCAGCUGUUCACCUGAAAGCAUACAAGCCUUCAUCCACAGUUCAUUUCUGCCUUCGUCCCAUACCUCGAAGGCGCAUAGGCGCGAGCUGAACACACCGUCACAGCUUCUGCUGGGCCCGACCGUCGCUGCCCGAACAUGGGGCAGACGUUUGCAAAGCUCUUUGACAGAUGGUUUGGCAACCGCGAAAUGCGCGUUGUCAUGCUCGGGCUUGACGCUGCCGGCAAGACAACCAUCCUUUAUAAGUUGCAUAUCGGCGAGGUCCUGACGACGGUACCUACUAUAGGCUUCAACGUGGAAAAGGUGCAGUACAAGAACGUGGUCUUCACGGUUUGGGACGUGGGCGGCCAGGAAAAGCUGCGGCCGCUGUGGCGACACUACUUUAACAACACGGACGGCUUGAUCUUCGUGGUUGACAGCCAAGACCGCGAGCGCAUCGGCAAAGCUGCAGCGGAGUUCCAGGCCAUCCUGCAGGACCCGCUCAUGCUGCACUCGGCCAUCUUGGUGUUCGCCAACAAGCAGGACAUGCGCGGUUGCCUCACACCUCGCGAGGUGUGCGAGGCGCUCGGGUUGCCGGAGAUGCGCACGCGCAAGUGGCACGUGCAGAGCUCGGUGGCGACUCGCGGAGAGGGUUUGUAUGAGGGGCUGGACUGGCUGGCGAACACACUCAAGAGCUCGAAUGCAGGGAGGCCCAUGGCAUGAGGGGUGUUGCGGGUUUCGUCAAGUUUUGUACCGAAGCUGUAGCGUCCUGUGGCGAAUCGGGAUGACGGGGGUGCUAAGGGAUGGCGCCCAGAGAGGGAUGUGGUGUGGUUUCAGAGCGGAGGGGAUGGACGAAUGGGU